AUGCCCGCACAGAUUGAAACCUCCGUCAGCGUGGAGAAUGUCACGCUUCGCCAACAUAUCAGCUCACUCCCUGACGAUGUCAUCCUCGGGGUGUUCGAGCAGUAUAUGAAGCCGGGACCUAUGCUUCCACGGCACUUUCUCGCUUCAACAAGACUGAUUGAGUACUUCCCAGGGCGACAAAAUACCUCUCCCUCCAGUGGAUCGUCCAUCCCUACGAGGCAAUAUAGCAAUGUCACAGUUAGUGUAUGGACCAGGAGACUGCGCCGUGCGGAAUUGAGGAGAGGGAGGGCGGGUCAGGAAUGGAUCAAAGGUUGA